UUCUAACAGGUGGGUUAUAAAUCGAAAAGUGUAGCCCAUGAAGUGCAAUACUCAUUGGGACAGCCGAAGAUUACAUAGAUAUCAUAAGCAAUUUUGAUUAAGGUGAACGGCUGGACCAAGAUUACAGAAUGAACAGAGAAUAUUGCAGCAAGCCAAAUCACAUCGGUGAAAGGCUGCAAACUAAAGAGCGUGGUGAUUAAGGUCCUACCCGGGAGUUUGCCACGGAGGCGGAAGACAAAGAUUCUGGCUGGAAUAUCUGAACUGAAUAGCGGACCGCAAUAAACAAAAUACACCCAUCAAUUAGGUCCACACAUUCCAGCAAGCACAAAAUCGAUGCACUACUCAAACCCAAAGCCCCUUUAAGCCUUUGUCUCUCUCUCAAUAAAACCACAAUCAAUAUAAUACCAUUUUUGUUUCUUUGCUUUUCGAUAGCAAAGCUCUGAGAUUUUGAGCCGCACUCGAUUCUCUCCUGCAGAACCCAAAUUGUGUAAGAGUGCCAUUUUGAUCCUUGGCCAUGAAACGAGGCUACUCAGAAUCGUCCUCCACCUCUGUUGGGCCUCCUCAAUCGAGGUUCAAAGCCAACCCAGAAGAGGAUUCAAAUUUCUUGGAGGAUGAAAGCACAAAGAUAUUUGCACGUAAAGUGGCCGAUCAUUAUAGUGCAAGGACAAAUCAAACUCUGGAAGAACGAGAAGCUAGUCCGAUCAUCCAUUUAAAAAAGCUAAACAACUGGAUUAAGAGUGUACUAAUUCAGCUCUAUGCUCGCCGAGGAGAUGCUGUUCUUGAUCUUGCAUGCGGAAAGGGAGGUGAUCUCAUCAAAUGGGACAAGGCCAAAAUUGGGUACUAUGUUGGCAUUGAUAUUGCUGAAGGCUCUAUAGAAGAUUGUCGUACCCGUUACAAUGGUGAUGCUGAUCAUCAUCAACGCCGUAAAAAGUUUACAUUUCCUGCACGCCUUAUCUGUGGAGACUGCUAUGAGGUUCGACUGGAUAAAGCCCUAGCCGAUGAUGCACCCUUUGAUAUUUGUAGUUGCCAGUUUGCCUUGCAUUAUUCCUGGUCCACUGAAGCACGAGCACGGAGAGCCUUGGCUAAUGUUUCAGCCUUACUUCGCCCAGGCGGAACUUUCAUUGGAACAAUGCCAGACGCUAAUGUGAUUAUCAAAAAGCUGAGAGAAGCUGAAGGCUUAUUCUUUGGAAAUAGUGUGUACUGGAUACGAUUUGAUGAAGAAUUUUCUGAAAAGAAAUUUAAGUCUUCAAGCCCCUUUGGUAUCAAGUACAAGUUUCAUCUGGAGGAUGCUGUUGAUUGCCCUGAAUGGAUCGUCCCCUUUCAUGUAUUCAAAUCAUUGGUAGAAGAGUACGAUAUGGAGUUAAUUUUUGUGAAGAACUCUCAUGAAUUUGUGCACGAGUAUAUGAAAAGACCAGAGUACGUCGAGUUAAUGCGGAGGCUUGGUGCAUUAGGUGACGGUAACCAAGAUCAGAGUACACUAUCACAAGAUGAAUGGGAAGUAGCCUAUUUGUACUUGUCAUUUGUCUUGAGGAAGCGGGGCCAACCUGAUCGAACUCAAACAAAUAGUAGAAGAGAUAAAGGGAAGAUGCAUAUAUCAAAAGAGGACAUAUUGAACAUUGAACAUUAGUAUAUCGUACACCGAUCAUGUUUCAAAGUUCCAUUUUCAUAGCACAGAAGAACAAUGCCUUUGCAGCACAAGAAACCCUGCUUGGCCAAAUGGGAGAGGGAAGAGCUGACUGCUAGGCUGUUCUACUACUUGCUCCAAGAAAUUUUGUAGAUUUUGCUCCAAUCCUAGUUAUGUAUUCGACUACACUGAGCUCAUGUCCAGUGGUUUCUCUCCAGUAUUGGAUGAGGCUGUGUACCCAUCUCCAAAGACCAAAGAAAAAGAGAUUUGUAAUUUACUCACUAACUGUCGAGGAAGUUACAGUUAUGGUACGUUGGUAACUGGAAUUAUAUCAGCCUGGUUGUUGAGUGAUUGAUUCAACAAUGAAUAAAAAUAGUUCCGAGUUAUGGGUAUUUGAA